UUAAGAAAUAUUUUUUGUCUUGUGGAAUAGAGCCCCUGCAUGAGUAGUCCCUGCCUAGAUGGAGCCUUAUUCUGUCGACCAAUUUACCAGCAGGACGAUUAUCAGUGUGUCUGCAAACCAGGAUUUACUGGACACUACUGUGAAACGGCUCGUGUUUUGGACAUUCGUAUUCCAAGCGAAGGUUGCGAUGAUCCAGGAAGAGCAUCCCCCUGCGGCAAAGCUUACAUUGAGGUGGAUGGGACAGAUUAUUCUCCUCAAGGAAGAGGAUAUAACGUUGUUGUUGUCGAUGGUGAAACAGGUGUCUUCCUUGAGGCAAGAUCAUUUGAUACUUAUGCAGAUAGUUCGAGCGGCUAUCAUUUGAGAGACUUCCUCAACAACCUAAGUGGCAAUAAAAUCGUUUUGGUUGCUACUCAAGAUUCAGCCUCCAAGCACAUGUCACCUGCAAUUGAAGCUCUCAAGAGACUGGGUGCUACCGAUCCUCUUCAGGGAAACCACCGAGAUUCCUUUGCUUUCGCUGGAUACGCAGGAGUUAACAAACCACAAUGGAUCACACAAAAAAGAGCAGAUAGAUACCUAGGACCCAGUGAGAUAUUUCCGCAAAUACUGCUGUCGGGACUAAUCUAAGAUGAGCAAGCAAACAUAACGAUUCAAGACUUUAUGAAUAUUGUAAUCCUAUCAACAAAAUCUGGUGAUAUUUUGGAUACCAUAGCAAAUCUGCAGUAACAGUCGCCAGAAUGGUGACCUGUGUUUGGAUGUAAUGAAGCUUUUAAGGUUA